AUGGUACAAGAUAAACCUAAUUUUGGCCUCUAUCCGUCUGAUGGACAACGUAUACUGUGGGAUUCCAUCUUUGAGAGUGAUGAGUGGCUUCAAAAAAUGAUUCGGGUAAAGGGCAACCCUUUUCUUUUCGGCCCAGAGCUCGACAAAGUAGGAUUACCAAAAGAAAGUCGGGAGCAAAUAUACAUGACAAUUCAUUGUGGCGAUAAAACAGAAACCUGUGAUUAUGACUUCAGCAUAUUCCUGAACUGCCUAUGGCAGCCAUAUGAUAAAUCCGGCAAUGGAGAGAUCACUCUUAAUAGAGGAAUCAUACUUAACGUGUCUGAGAUUGAAUCUCCGGAAGAUCCCUUGCAACUGGAUAGUGAAUGGUUAUUACGACUCAUUUCUAAAAGUAAUGCCCAGGCUCCUUCACAGUACUCCUUCUAUAAGGGUAACCAAAUCUUUACCCUGCUCCCAUCUCAUAUAACUGCUGUAGGGGGGCCACCAUAUAAUACAGCUAUUCUUAAAUAUGGCUAUGCUAUCACCAUUCCUCACGGUGGAGAAACAUGGCACGUGAUUUUUGAGAGUAGUCAGAACAGGCACGCAGUGAAAUUUGAUUGUGAUAGAUCAGGCCGGCUCCUCUGGAUGAAAGUCAAGCAGCCAAUACUGGCUUUCUAUUUUAUGACUACCUUUGGCACUGUGUGGUAUAGUUUGUAUAUGCAAGUAUAUUACAAUUGA